AAAUGUGUUACUCAUUUAUAAUUUUACGUGGAAUCAGCUAAGAAAAUAUAAAUAUAGCUGUAUGACGGUGUGUGUUGGUCCAAUAUUCAGCGGUUAUGCAAAGCUAUAGGCACAAAUUUACCUUUCCAAUAUGGCGGCGUCCCUUACGUUCAAAACGACUGUUGACGCCAGCACGUACGUCAAACAAAGCAAAGAAGCAUAUUCGUCACUUAAUUAGCUAAUAAAAAGUAUAGUUUUAUUUCUUUAUUAAUAUUAUUUUUUGUAUUGAUACAGUUUUGUGUAUUUAGAAGAAAAACAAACCGAAAAAAAUAAAAUCGUUGAAGGUAGAAACGAAUCAGCUCGCGUGUUUCGUCAUAUUGGUCAACAAAACGUCACUUCCGGUGUUAUCCGGCGGGCUGGAUGAAAGCAGGAAAGACGAGCUACGACAUUACUUAACUAAAGCUGAAAUUGUUUUUUAUUAGAAAGUAAGAGUAAAGUUUUAAGUAGCCUGAGGUUAGCUUCUUCGGACACAUUUAGCAUUAGCGUACUGUCACUGCAGCUGUUCGUGUUUAUAAACCAGCCGUUAAUGUUUCAAGAAUAAAAACAAAAUUUAGCUUCCUAUUUACUCUGGACAUGGACCGACCAUCCCGGAAGACGAAAGUUGUGAACUACUAUGAAAACAAAGAUUUGGAUGAUGAUGAGGAUUUUGCCUGUUCGAAAGCACCGCCCAGCAAAAAGGCCAGAGAGGAAACGAAACACGAACAGAAGAAACCUUCAGUCAGGUCCUCCAGCCCCGAGUCAAACCCAACAACACCUCAGAGCGAGAAGAGCAGAAAACCGCUGGAUGAAAAGUUGUAUGAAAGAGAUCUUGAAGCCGCCAUCACGCUUUCUUUACUCAAUAACUCAGACGGACUAAACGAUUCUCCCACCACAAAUGUUAAAGUUCAAAGCCCUGUCGAUGAAAACACAGAUCCAGCUUCUUUGCUUCUGUCCAACUGCAGCGUGGACGGAGCAGUUUUAGGCCUUGAUGAAAUCACAUCAGAGAAAGCAUCACCAGCUGCCAGACAAAGGAAGAUCUCGACUAAAGCAGCUGAGGUGCAGAGAAAGAAGGACGAAGAUGAAGAUGAAGACUACAAACCCAAACUGACUCCAGAUUCAGAGAGCGAUGAAGAUUUCAGUGAGCCUGAGGAGAGCGAGGAUGAGGAGUUUACAGUGAAGAAAUCCAGCAAGGCUAAAAGGAAGGAGAAAGUGUCCAAGAAAGACAAACCCAAGCCAAGUCCCGCUCCCAGAAAAGAAAAGAAACAAUCAAGGUCUUCACUUUCUAAACCACAGGCUGCAGUUUCCAGAAGUCCCCCAGCAGCCAAACUGGUUCCCAGUAAGCCAGCUUCAUUCAGUGUGAAGCCUGUGAGCUCUGUGAGUCCAGCAGGGGGCAGAAUACCCAAGUGGAACCCGCCAGCUCAGGUCGGUAAAAGUCCGACCUCAUCCCAGACGCCGGCUGUGAAGUCUCCCAGUGCCGGGCUGAGACUGGGACUGUCCCGCAUGGUCCGGGUCAAACCGCUCCACCCGAGCGUCACCAGUCACUAACAGAUAAUCUGUCAAUGUUUUUAAUCCCGUUUGACCUAAAGCUCAAUUGUGAUUCUUUUCAGUUUGAAUUAGUUCAGAAUGAAUCUUUUCUUUCGUUACAUUUUCUUAUAUUUUCUUCUUUUUGUCGUUUUGAAAACAUUUUACUCAUCUUUAUAGUUCUUGUAUAUUCUGUACAUAAACAAAAAAAAAUAAAGUUUAAAAGCA